AACCCGUCUAAAUCAAUAACCAACGCCGCCCAAGUAAAUUAAAACUGUGUAAUUUGGCAAAAGCGUAAAGUACUUUUGUCUUUGCUGCCUAUUCCAACACCAACAUUGAAAUUCUUGCUUCUUGGUAAUUGCUGUUCUGUGAAUUAUUGUUCUUUUGGAGUUUUAGGCAGUUAUUGUUUCUAAUCUGAUGUUGUUUUGAGCUGCUGAUAUUCCCCAUAGCUGAAACUAAAAAUGGUCUAGUUUGAUCAAGGUUCUAGUCUUCUUAACAAACAACAAUGAAAACAAAUAAACAAAGAAAUAUCAGUAGGAACUAUAGCUCCGUUAACCUGUUCCCAGCAGCACUACACAGGAGGGACUGGAUGUCUGAGAUGAUGACGUUAUGUUGUUAUGUAGCUUUUCCAGCUGAUCAGUGGCUGCAUUAGCAGCAGAGAGAGUAUAGCAGGCCGAUUUGUGAUUAAGGAAGUGUGGAGGGUAUGAAUGGUCGCUGGCGGGGGCUGGGUAGAAAAACGAAUGGUACCUGGGAAAAUGGCAGUUGAAGCAAAUUCGCUGUCGGCACCAAGUGCAAACAAAAAACACUCUGGAUAGAAAUGUUAUGCUGAAAUGCAAUUGUUACAGAGUAAAAUGGUGGACGCUCGCACAGAGAUUGGGGUUUCAGUGGCCAUGGCCUUCUAUUGGUUUUGAUAGCUGUGUAUGCUUUUGGUGUGCUUAUUUGGCGGAGAGUUGUUUAACUUCCCAUAUUCUCACCCUAAAGGAGAAGGAAGACGCUGAUAACAGCACGGGCCGACUAGAGAUGAGUCUUGAGUGACGCAUAUUUUCAUCAUUUUGUGUUAAAGCCGCAUUGUAGCUCAAAAUGUGGUUAAAGUUGUUUUUGUUACUGUUGUAUUUCAUGGUCCUAUUUGUGCUGGCUCGGUUCUUUGAAGCUAUUGUCUGGUAUGAGACUGGUGUAUUUGCUACGCAGCUGGUGGACCCAGUGACCCUGAGUUUUAAGAAGUUGAAGACUAUCCUUGAGUUCAGGGGACUGGGUUACUCCGGAUUACCCGAAAAGAAGGAUGUGAGGGAGCUGGUGGAAAAAUCAGGUGAACUUAUGGAGGGGGAGCUGUACUCUGCCAUUAAGGAGGAAGAGGCUUCAGAGUCUGCGUCCAGCACUAAUUUCAGUGGUGAGAUGCAUUUUUAUGAACUAGUUGAGGACACCAAGGAUGGGAUUUGGUUGGUCCAGGUAAUAGCCAAAGAUCGAUGUCCCCUCAUGGGAAAUGUGUAUUGGGAGAAAAUGGUUAAGAAAGUUUCCAGGUUUGGUAUACGUACCGGCACCUUCAACUGCUCCAGUGAUCCCAGAUACUGUCUAAGAAGAGGAUGGGUAAGGUCGACUCUUAUUAUGUCUGUCCCACAGACGAAUACUUCAAAAGGCAAAGUGAUGCUUAAAGAGUACAGUGGCCAAAGAAUUGAAGCUGAGCACAUUUUUAAAUGGAUAACUGCCCAUGCUGCUUCAAGGAUCAAAACAAUCCGUUUCCCUGAAGACCUAAAGGACGACUGGAGCCAGGAUGACCAGUAUCACUUGAAAAUGUAUCUGUUUGCAAGUCUUGAUCAGCCACCUGCUUUCUUUUCAGCCCUGAGUGUGAAAUUCACUGGUAGAGUGGAGUUUAUUUUUGUAAAUGUUCAGAACUGGGAUAAUAAGAGCUAUAUGAAGGAGAUUGGCAUGCACAGUAUACCAUCUUAUAUACUUAAAACACCUGAAGGAGUUUAUAGAUAUGGGCACAGAAUGGGAGAAUUCAUAUCACUAAAUGCAUUGGAUACAUUCCUGAGAUCAGUACAACCUGAAGUAAAUGACUUGUUCGUUUUAAGCUUAGUAUUAGUAAACUUGAUGGCUUGGAUGGAUUUAUUUAUUACACAAGGAGCUACAGUAAAACGUUUUGUAGCUCUUAUAAGCACUUUGGGAACCUAUAAUUCUUUAAUAAUAAUGUCAUGGCUACCUGUUUUGGGAUUUUUGCAGUUACCAUAUCUAGAUAGCUUUUAUGAAUACAGUUUAAAAUUAUUGCGAUAUUCCAAUACAACCACCCUGGCUUCAUGGGUAAGGGCAGACUGGACAUUCUAUUCUUCACAUCCUGCCCUUUUUCUCAGUACAUAUCUUGGCCAUGGAUUAUUAAUAGAUUACUUUGAGAAAAAACGAAGGCGUAAUAACAGUGAUGAAAUAAAUGCUAAUAACCUUGAAUGGCUAUCAAGUCUGUGGGACUGGUAUACAAGUUACCUCUUCCAUCCUAUUGCAUCAUUUCAGCACUUUCCUAAUGAGUCUGAUUGGGAUGUAGACCAAGAUUUGUUCAUAGAGAGACUUGCAUUCCCUGACUUGUGGCUUCACCCUCUAAUACCAACAGAUUAUAUUAAAAACCUACCAACAUGGAGGUUUAGGUGUAGCAUUACUCAUUCUGAAGACAUACCAGAGAGUUUACAAGAAAAUGAUAGUGAUUUGGAAGCUGAGAGUAAUACUUCUCCUGAAGUAGAUACAUUUCGAGAGGAGCCAAGG